GAUUUGGUCGUCCCAGGGUCGAAAGAUGGCGGACCUCGAAGCAGUGCUCGCCGAUGUCAGUUAUUUGAUGGCGAUGGAGAAGAGCAAAUCUACUCCAGCGGCCCGGGCGAGUAAGAAAAUCAUCCUGCCUGAGCCCAGUAUUCGCAGCGUGAUGCAGAAGUACCUCGAGGAGAGAGAUGAACUGACAUUCGACAAAAUUUUCAACCAGAAAAUUGGCUUCCUACUGUUCAAGGACUUCUGUAUGAACGAGAUCGACGAGGCCGUGCCACAGCUCAAGUUCUACGAAGAAAUUAAGGACUACGAGAAGCUGGACUCGGAGGAGGAGAGGUUGAGCCGCAGCCGGCAGAUUUACGACGGCUACAUCAUGAAGGAGCUGCUGUCCUGUUCACAUCCAUUUUCUAAGAAAGCAGUGGACCAUGUGCAGAGUCACUUAGCAAAGAAACAGGUUCCCCCAACUCUCUUCCAGCCAUACAUAGUGGAGAUCUGCGACAGCUUGAGAGGGAAGAUCUUCCAGAAGUUCAUUGAGAGUGACAAAUUUACUCGUUUUUGCCAGUGGAAGAAUGUGGAGCUCAACAUCCACCUGACCAUGAAUGACUUCAGCGUGCAUCGGAUCAUCGGCAGGGGAGGCUUCGGUGAGGUGUACGGCUGCAGGAAGGCCGACACGGGGAAGAUGUACGCCAUGAAGUGUUUGGACAAGAAGAGGAUCAAGAUGAAGCAGGGGGAGACUCUAGCGCUCAAUGAAAGAAUCAUGCUGUCAUUAGUCAGCACAGGGGACUGCCCGUUCAUUGUGUGUAUGACGUACGCCUUCCACACCCCCGACAAGCUCUGCUUCAUCCUGGACCUCAUGAACGGGGGCGACCUUCACUACCACCUGUCUCAGCACGGCGUCUUCAGCGAGAAAGAAAUGCGCUUCUACGCGGCUGAAAUCAUCCUGGGUCUGGAGCACAUGCACAACCGCUUCGUCGUCUACAGAGAUCUCAAGCCAGCUAAUAUCCUGUUGGAUGAACACGGCCAUGUUCGUAUCUCCGACCUCGGCCUCGCCUGCGACUUCUCAAAGAAGAAACCCCACGCCAGCGUGGGCACUCACGGCUACAUGGCUCCCGAGGUUCUCCAGAAGGGGACGGCGUACGACAGCAGCGCCGACUGGUUCUCCUUAGGCUGCAUGCUCUUCAAACUCCUGCGAGGGCACAGUCCCUUCAGACAGCACAAGACCAAAGACAAACAUGAGAUCGACCGCAUGACGCUCACCAUGAAUGUGGAGCUGCCAGACUCUUUCACUGCAGAGCUCAAAGAUCUGCUGGAGGGGCUGCUGCAGAGAGACGUAUCCAAGAGGCUCGGCUGUCAGGGCCGAGGAGCCCCGGAGGUGAAGGAGCAUCAGUUUUUCAAAGGCAUCGACUGGCAGCAGGUGUACCUGCAGAAGUACUCCCCUCCGUUAAUUCCUCCCAGGGGAGAGGUGAACGCUGCAGAUGCUUUUGACAUCGGCUCUUUUGAUGAGGAGGACACCAAGGGCAUCAAGUUGCUGGACAGCGACCAGGAGCUGUACAAGAACUUUCCUCUGGUCAUAUCGGAGCGCUGGCAGCAGGAAGUGGCAGAGACGGUGUACGAGGCGGUCAACUCGGACACGGACAAGAACGAGGCUCGCAAGAGGGCGAAGAACAAGCAGCUGGGCCACGAGGAGGACUACGCUCUGGGAAAAGACUGCAUAAUGCACGGCUACAUGUUGAAGCUGGGGAACCCGUUCCUGACCCAGUGGCAGCGCCGAUACUUCUAUCUGUUCCCCAACCGUGUGGAGUGGAGGGGGGAGGGCGAGUCACGGCAAAACCUGCUGACGAUGGAGCAGAUCGUGACGGUGGAGGAGACGCAGAUUAAAGACAAGAAAUGUAUCCUGCUGCGCAUCAAAGGAGGGAAGCAGUUCGUGCUGCAGUGUGAGAGCGACCCGGAGUUCGUGCAGUGGAAGAAAGAGCUGACCGAAGCGUUCACAGAAGCCCAGAAGCUGCUGCGCCGCGCCCCCAAAGUCAUCGGCAAAGGCCGGGCCGGAGUGGUGGAGCUCUCCAAACCUCCCCUCACACACCGCAACAGCAACGGCCUGUGAAUACACACACAUAUAAAUAUAUAUGUAUAACACACACACACAUAUAUACACACACCUUGAUACACACAGACACACACACACACACACACACACACACACUGCAUCCCACCUCCCACUCUCCUCAUCAGCCGCAGGACUUCAGCCCUGACACCUUCCCAGGACGCCUCGCAGUGUGUGUUCGGACCACCACACCCACCAGCCUCUUACCGACCCCACACACACACACACAUGCACACACACACGCACGUACACAUUCGACAUGACGACCAAUCAUAAGCGCGAUAGUUUAUUUUGUUGGGGGGGGUUUUUUGCCUGCCAUGGGACCUUGCCAGUUCACCGAGAGGGACGAGGAGAGAAACAUUCGGGAGGACUCAGCAUGUGAAGAAACCUCUGCAUGAAUGUGACGAGGACUGACGCCCGGUCCUCUCCUGUCUGUCCCGGUCUCUCUUUAGUUUUCCUUCGUCCCUCCCUCCCCUCCCUCCCCAACCACCUCGCUCUGUUUGAAUCUGAAGGAGCACUCUCUCUUUUUACGAAAACCCGCGAGCAGCCCGACGGACUCCUCACAGAGCGACACAUCCGACCAGAGACAUUCCUGCAGGUGAGACCAGGGAGGAUGAAAACAGAAACAACAACAACAAAAAAUAAAAAAUAAAAGGCUGCUCG